CCGUCGGGCGCGGGAGGCGGAAGUGUUAAUUGCUCGCCGGCUUCGUCGGCCGGAGCUCCUGCCGGUUACAUAACAACGCCCGCACCGGCUGUGGCUGCUUUCCUUGCGACGCUACGUCGCCCCCAGGAUGCUCUAGAAGCUCCCCCUUCCCGGCCGCCGGCUCCCCAACAAGGCGUGAAUGACAGAGGAAGUGCCCUCCAGUGCACUUAGUGAGGUCAACCUACGGCUUCUUUGCCACGAUGACAUAGACACAGUGAAGCAGCUCUGUGGUGACUGGUUCCCAAUUGAGUACCCUGAUUCAUGGUAUCGUGAUAUCACUUCAAAUAAGAAAUUUUUUUCCCUUGCUGCAACUUACAGAGGAGCCAUUGUCGGUAUGAUAGUUGCUGAAAUAAAAAGUAGAACAAAGGUACAUAAAGAGGACGGAGAUAUUCUAGCCUCAAACUUCUCUGUUGAUACACAAGUUGCAUACAUCUUAAGUCUAGGAGUGGUAAAAGAAUUCAGAAAACAUGGAAUAGGUUCACUUUUACUUGAAAGCCUGAAGGAUCACAUAUCUACUACAGCUCAAGACCACUGCAAAGCCAUCUACCUUCACGUCCUCACCACUAACAAUACAGCAAUAAAUUUCUAUGAAAAUAGAGACUUUAAACAACACCACUAUCUACCCUAUUAUUACUCCAUAAGAGGAGUCCUCAAAGAUGGCUUCACCUAUGUACUCUACAUUAACGGGGGGCAUCCUCCUUGGACAAUUUUCGACUAUAUUCAGCACAUUGGGUCUGCAUUAGCCAACCUGAGUCCGUGUUCAAUUCCACAGCGGAUUUAUCGCCAGGCCCAGAGCCUUCUUUGCAGCCUCCUUCCGUGGUCAAGCAUUUCUGCCAAGAGUGGCAUCGAGUAUAGCCGAGCUAUGUGAUUUGGUCAGAAGGCCUUCCCAGAAGCUGCCAAGGGCCGCCUGAGUGUCCAGUUAUCUUCACCUGAGGGCCUUGCCUCUGCACCUCAAGGAAGCAGCCCUAUGGGACAGGCUCUGAUGGAGGCGGGGUUCCCUGCUGAGCUGCCACCCCAGGCUGCUAUUCAGGAACCCUGGAGAGCAACCGCCAACGAGGAUGAAAAGGCACUUGGAGAGUAUUUCGAACCCUUCUGCUUCUUUAGCCAUUUACUUCUGCACUGAUGCUGCUAACCCUAGUUUCCGUGAGUGCUCCAGAUCUCUUCUAGCAAGUCUGCCUUCUGUGGACUAGAUGGGGAUUUGGCCUGACUUGUGGUGUCCCAUUUUCCCCUGUCCUGGAAACAGGAUGUGAGUGGACUUUCUCCUUUCCUAACCAUUGCUGGGAACCGCAGGAUCUCAUAGCUGAAGAGAGGAGCGACUCCCCUACUUGCCGCACUCCUCACCUGCCCUACCUCCACCCCCCAUUCCUCCCUGCUGGCUGGCAUGAGCUGUCUGUAUGACCUCCACUCUUUCAUUCUGAGUAAACUAGCUUGGCCUUGAGGAGCAUGUGGCUUCAGAAGGUUAGAGCGAGUGAUUAAGGCAAUGCCAGAGGCUCUCCUGGAACAGAAAGUCAUAACCAAGGCCAUCUCAUGGCUGAGGCUCAGCCCAGGAGGCUAGAUCAGAAGCUACUCUUGCCUCCUCUCCUUUCGAGCACAGAAUCUUUGGCCUUGUCCUCCAGAACGAACUCUCCUGUAAGAUGGCCCAGCUUCUCCGGCAAAGCGGCCUCCUGGUGACUUUGGUGUAGGGCGGCUUGAUAGCAGGGGCUCGGUCCCUGCUUCCUACCUUGAAGACAUACUCUCUGAUUCCCUUCUGCCUUGGACUUUGUUCGACACUGAAGAGAGAUCACAAUUCCUGUUUCAUAAUGAAAUGCAUUGUUUGCCAUAGCUGAACUGGACCUAAGGGUGGGAAGGAUGAGAACUCUGCACUGCUCCUGAGAUCAGGCCCAGGACUUUAACCCCAUCUAGAUUAUCCCCAUACUUGAGCCUCCUCAGCCAUCUCUUCAAUCAGAGCCACCAUGAUUUCUAUUUGUUUAGGAAGUUUUGAACAUGGGUCCUAACUUCUGGCUCCUUAAUUGUAGUCCCUGUAAGCACCCCUGGUCCUCGGGGGACAGAGCCAUGUGCCUUGUAGCUUUCAGCCCCAAUGGAGAGGGUUUUUUCUUCCUCUGGAUUCUUUGAGGGGAGGAGACCAUGGCAGUAGCUCAGCUGUUUCAGUUCCGUGAAAUGUGCUUGCAGCAUGAGAUCUGUCCUUAGCCAUCGUGUUCAGCUGUCUCCUGCCUCCCCGCCCCUUGCUCCCCCCCCCCAGUUACCACUGUAUUUUUUGAGGUACAGUGUAGAUCCAGCCUUCAGGAGUAUCCAGUGUUACAAGCAGCCAGUCUUCUAAACUUGAUUUGAGGAAGGGGGAGAAAAACACAACUCUCUUCCCCUGCCCCACAUGAAUUAAAUCUUCCCUAAAUCCCUUUUAAACUUUUUAAACCUGUAGGACCUUUCUAGGACUCUAGAGCAAGCAGCCACCAUCUCCUCCUAGUCCUAGUGAUGGACCUGUCCACCCUGGUGGUGGCCUCCUGGGGAGGCACAAUAGUUAGAGAAACCUCACAAUUAAGGGGGAGCCCUUUGGGCUGGACGAACAUUUACUGUUUUGUGCGUCUUUUAUCAGUUGAUGGGAGGUUUGUCAGUUUGUAUUCCCUCCUACCCUCUUGUCCCCUGGGGGUGGGCAGACAUCAUAAAGUACUUGAUUUUAAAAGAAAUGAAGGGCGAUGGUGACACCACUGGCACAAGUGGGGUUAGUUUCCUACUAAAUAAAGUUUUGAUGGCUUGUAUGCUGGCCAGUGCUGAGACCCUAGUGUGGUCUUAUAUUUAAUGAUAAAAUAAAGAUGUUCAUCUGAUUUUGUUUUCUGUGCUGAGGGGUGGGGAGCUUUCCAGAUCUGAAAGAUCUGGACAUCCAGUGUUCAAGCUAAAGAUGACUUGCCAUGGCCCCUUAGCACUGCACUCCCUUUCUCCCAUAAUCACUGUAGUGUCCAAUUUGAUGUUGAAUGGAUUGUAGUGUUUUGUCUUAUUAGAAAAACAACAGAAUAAAACCUUAAUCAAAUCUAA